AUCAUCAUAUCCAAAAAGAAUAUCAAUUCAACAAAAGGACCAUAUCCAAAAUAGAGGAGUUACCAAAAAUCAAUGUCAUGCUCCUAGGUUAAGUGAAAAAUCUGUUACUUUUUUUUUCUUUUUACCCUUUUCUUUUCUCUUUUGUGAUGAAGUUAAUUGAUUGUCCUAUAACUUGGUGUCCCAAACGUGUCGCUUCCCACUCUACUCUAGUGUUCAAGAUCUUAAAGUGACAGCACCUGUAUACUAACUGCACCAUUGUUGCAGAAUUUACAUCUAAUCCACUUUCUCUUACAAUACACAUACUCUUAAUUAAACCUAAAACCUUUCCCUUACCUUCAAAUACACUUAUUCCUCAACUACAACGACAACAACAACUUGUUUGAUACUCUACAUCUCACCCAAACUUAUAAUUUAGAAAUAAAUAAAUAAAUAAAUAACCAUUCUUCCCUCUUUAGAUCCAUGUCCAAAAAUCUCAAAUUUCCAUUUCAAUUCUCAUUUCCCAUCUGUUUUUUCACUUCUAUCAAUCUACCCAUUAACCACUUUAAAUAGAAAAAGCAGUCUAUAACACAAAAAGAUUCAAACUUUUUAUUCUCUAAAUUGAUGAUGUUAGAGACAGCUUCACUUGGGCGAUUACAUUACCAAAGGCUGGAAUUGAAGAGAUGGGUACCAACAUUUUUUUCCUCUCAUAAAACCCUUUUUACAGUACUAUGGAUCGCAGCGUUUGCCUCGGUUUUUGUGUGGCAGAGAAAUGUGGUUGGCGAUGGAUUUGCCGUGUUCUUUAAAGCGUCGCCAAUGAGGCCGAUGCCGAAGCUGAGACCAGUGGCAUUUAAUUUGACUGAUUUUGGUGGAGUUGGUGAUGGUGUUACUUUAAAUACCGAGGCUUUCGAGAGGGCUGUUUUGGCUAUUUCUAAGCUGGGUAAGAAAGGUGGUGGACAGUUAAAUGUGCCUCCUGGGAGAUGGGUUACUGCACCUUUUAAUCUUACUAGUCAUAUGACUUUAUUUCUUGCUGAGGAUUCUAUUAUUCUUGGAAUUGAGGAUGAGAAAUAUUGGCCUCUGAUGCCUCCAUUGCCUUCAUAUGGAUAUGGGAGAGAGCAUCCUGGACCUCGAUAUGGGAGUUUAAUCCAUGGUCAGAAUCUCAAAGAUGUUGUUAUAACAGGACACAAUGGUACCAUAAAUGGACAGGGUCAAACAUGGUGGAAAAAGUAUCGCCAAAAGCUUCUCAACCACACAAGGGGCCCACUUGUGCAGAUAAUGUGGUCAAGUGACAUUCUGAUCACUAAUAUAACAUUGCGUGAUUCCCCAUUUUGGACACUCCAUCCAUAUGACUGCAAGAAUGUAACAAUCAGGAAUGUUACGAUUUUGGCUCCUGUACUUGAAGCCCCAAACACUGAUGGAAUUGAUCCUGAUUCAUGUGAGGAUAUGGUAAUCGAAGACUGUUACAUAAGUGUGGGAGAUGAUGGGAUUGCAAUAAAGAGUGGCUGGGAUCAGUAUGGAAUUGCAUAUAGACGACCUUCAACAAAUAUUCUCAUCCGUAACCUUGUAGUUCGGUCAAUGGUCAGUGCCGGCAUAUCAAUUGGCAGUGAAAUGUCAGGUGGUGUAUCAAAUAUCACUGUGGAGAACCUCCUUGUAUGGAGCUCCAGGCGUGCUGUUCGGAUCAAGACUGCCCCUGGAAGAGGCGGAUAUGUUCGGCAUAUAACCUACCGUAAUCUAACGUUUGAUAAUGUCCGUGUUGGAAUUGUUAUCAAGACAGAUUACAAUGAACACCCUGAUGAAGGAUAUGAUCCAAAGGCUGUUCCAGUACUUCGGGAUAUAAGCUUCACUGGGGUUCAUGGUCAAGGUGUUCGUGUGCCCGUGCGGAUACAUGGGAGUGAAGAAAUUCCAGUAAGGAAUGUGACUUUUCAGGAUAUGUCAGUGGGAUUAACAUAUAAGAAGAAGCACAUAUUCCAGUGUGCCUUUGUUCAAGGUCGUGUAAUAGGUACCAUCUUCCCUGCCCCAUGUGAGAACCUUGAUCGGUAUGACGAGCAAGGACGGCUUGUUAAGCGCUCUGUCUCCCAGAAUUUGACAGAUAUAGAUUAUGAUUUUUGACAAAUAUGUUAGGUUAUCAAUGUCCUGGGCAUAAGCUUUUCAGAGGUCAAUGACUUCAACUGUCUCUUUGAUGUAAGCUGGCUAAAUCACCUUGGAGCGGUUAAAUCUAGUUGUUACCUUUCCUGCCAAUUUUCAUUUUCGCCCCAAGUCAUAGAGUUGUUUUAUUUCUUGACAAGAGUUGUAUAUACAGAAAAUUCUCAGUCGGUUAUACAUUGAAGAGGUUACUGAAA